AUGCGUUCGAGCGACGGGUCGCUCACAAAGCUCUGGCACGACCAGCAAAUGAGGUCGCCAGACUGCGGACUGAUGCCAAAUGCCAGUGCAGACACAGGAACACGUUGGACGCGGCGUGGCAGCUCGCACACCGCACGAUCCGCGAGCGCAGCCGGACCAGCUGCCCGUGCUGGACCUUGGUGCCGUCCUGCGCAAGGUACGAUCUGUCCUCGUGCACAGGCAUUGCUAAAAGACAGAUUUUCAUGGCGGUGUUGUAUGUUCUCAGCACGGCCUCGCCGUCGGCCGACGCCAGCACCUGCGACAGAUGCGUGCACGGCGGGAACGACACGUACGUGCUCGGGUCCUCGUUCGAGGGGAUGUCGAGAUACGAUACCAUGGAGACAAGAGAAUUUAAUCUGCUCGACUUUACGGCCCCAGGGUGCUGGUGCGAGGUGUGGUUAG